AUGGAGUUCCAGGCUUCUUUGAGGCUGCCGUGCGAAGACCCGGAGGUGGUUGGAGCAGCCAUCAGCAGCGAGGAUGACGGAGUCGACAGGCAAUCGGCAGUAUAUAGCCACGAGGAUGGAUACCUCGUUGUAAAUGUGUCUGCACCCAGAGCAAAAGACUUAACAAAGUCUCUUAGCUCGAUACUGUCCAGGUUUAAGCUGUCUGUGGAAACCAUUGAAAUGUGCAAGGAGCUUCGGGAGAAGAGGCAGGCAAAGUAG